AUGUCAUUAAUUGUUUCAGUUUAUUAUAAUGUUAUUCUUGCAUGGGUAUUAAUCUACCUUUGGACUAUAGUAACAGGCCGUUCUGGAGAAUGGGCUUCAUGUAGAAAUGAUUACAAUACUAUCUGUAAUAAAUAUAAUUUUUCAAACUAA